AUGACUUGCAUCACCAAGGCUGCAAUCAACCACCCGGCGACGAGUCGGACUGACGGUGUCGUUGGAGAUAAGCCAUGGCUGCUACCUCAACACCGACCAAUGUGCUUGGUUAACGCCAAAGUCAUUGAUCCCGUGGAAGGGAAGGUCAUUGAGAGCGCUACUGUCACUGCUCGCAACGGGCGUAUCACCAGCAUGUUUAUUGGCUCCCCGAACUCGAUAUCAUCGACAGAAGAGGACACAUUGAUCGUUGACCUACAGGGCAAGUACAUAUGCCCGGGACUCAUAGACGGUCAUGUACACAUCACGGCCACGCCCGGAGAAGCCGACCUCAAGAGCACAUACAAAAACAUACCCGCCGCUACAAACAACUACCGCACCAUCUUCUUGGCCCGGGAGAUGUUACGAAGAGGGUUCACCACGGCUCGGGACUGCGGAGGAGCUGACGGAGCGCUUAAAGAGGCAAUCGAGGAAUGGCUGGUCGUCGGACCACGACUGAUCAUUGCUGGACAUGCCCUUUCGCAAACUGGCGGCCACGGCGAUCAGCGCGCCUCUUUCUCUGAUGAGGACCCUACACUCAAAUGCUGCGCUGGCCACCGAUCCGGUAUUGGGCGUCUUUGCGACGGUCCAACCGAGUGUACGGUAGCGGUUCGAGACGAGAUCCGCAAAGGCGCUGACUUCAUCAAGAUCAUGGGAGGAGGAGGCAUCGCGAGUCGCCUUAGCAACCUGGCCCAUCCCCAAUUUCUUCCAGCAGAGCUAGAGGCUAUCACCGCCACGGCGGCAAGCUUCGACACGUAUGUGACGGCACAUGCUUACACGGUCCGCGCCAUGAGACAUAUGAUCGCCCAUGGUGUAAAAGGCAUUGAACACGGGAACUUCCUCGACCGGGAAACCGCGCAGCUCAUGGUUGAAAAGGGUAUCUGGCUGACUCCAACCUUGGCAACUCACGAAGCACUGGCCACACCUCCUUACGAUCGUUUCCUGAAUGAGGCGUGCCAGGCCAAGAACCAGGCAGUCAUGGGAUCAGGGUUGGAGGCGUUGAAGGUCGCAUCUGAGGUUGGAGUACAGGUCUGCUUCGGGUCAGAUUUGAUCGCGGGCAUGCAUCAAUUCCAGCGGAGGGAGUUUGCCAUUCGAUCCCAGAUAUUGUCAGCAUUGUCAAUAUUACAGAGUGCCACUGUGACCUGUGCAAAGAUGAUAGGACGGGAGCACGAGCUGGGUCAGAUAAAGGAGGGCUUUUUGGCAGACAUGGUGAUCCUCGACCAUAACCCGUUGGAAGACAUUACGGUUUUCGAUAGCCCGGAUACCGUCCUGGCGGUCGUGAAAGAAGGACAUGUUGCUUUUAGUUCAUUACGUUAA